CAUGAUGAACAGAGAGAGGAGCUAGAGGCACAGUUGCGUAAUCGGCAUCACUGGGAAUCUGAUUUGGACCGAGCAGGAAGCAACAGCCACUUUACAGAAGGAACACAAUCACGUUAAACAUGGAAAAAAAAGUGACCAUUAACUUCGGUGCUGGACCUGCAAAGCUACCACAGUCUGUGCUGUUCCAGGCGCAGAAAGAACUGCUCGACUAUAAUGGCAGCGGCAUCAGUGUCCUGGAGAUGAGCCAUCGGUCGUCAGACUUCACCAAGAUCAUGAACACCACAGAAAACCUGUUACGGGAGCUACUGAGUAUCCCAGACAACUACAAAGUCAUGUUCCUCCAGGGGGGCGGGACGGGCCAGUUUAGUGCCGUCCCCCUCAAUCUGAUUCGUCUAAAGGAGGACAGGUGUGCUGAUUACCUAGUGACGGGCACCUGGUCGUCCAAUGCUGCCAAGGAAGCUGAGAAAUACGGCAAGGUCAAUGUGGUUCACCCCAAACUGGACACCUACACCAAGAUCCCUGACCCCAGCAGUUGGUCGUUGACCCCUGGAUCGUCCUACGUGUAUUACUGCUGCAACGAGACAGUGCACGGCGUGGAGUACAACUUCAUCCCCGAAACCCACGGAGCCGUCCUGGUCUCUGACAUGUCAUCGAACUUCCUGUCCCGACCCGUCGACGUUUCCAAGUUUGGGCUGAUCUUCGCGGGGGCUCAGAAGAACGUGGGCUGUGCUGGUGUUACUGUGGUGAUCGUGAGAGAGGAUCUCAUUGGCCACGCUCUGACGGAGUGUCCCGUUGUCCUUAACUACCAAGUGCAGGCUCAGAACAACUCCCUGUACAAUACACCAGCCUGCUUCAGUAUCUACAUCAUGAGUCUGGUUCUGGAGUGGAUAAAGAACAACGGAGGUGUUGACGCCAUGGAAACGCUCAACCAGAAGAAGUCCAGUAUGAUCUAUGAUAUCAUCAACUCCUCCAACCACUUCUACACGUGUCCGGUGGACGUGGCGUGUCGUAGUCGUAUGAACGUUCCGUUCCGCGUGGGGAAGAAACAGGGUGACGAAACUCUGGAGAAGGAGUUCCUGGACGGAGCCUCCAAACUGGGGAUGAUCUCACUGAAGGGACACAGGUCAGUGGGAGGAAUACGUGCGUCUCUCUACAACGCUGUGACAGUGGAAGAUGCUCAGGUUCUGGCCAAUUACAUGAAGGAGUUCCUUAAGGAGCACCAAUAGGAGAAGGCCAUACAGCAUGCUGGACCAAUCAGAGCAGGCUAUGCUGCUGGAUCUGUGGGACCAGGGUUCAUUCAGUAAGGUGAAACAUUCACAACGUAACAGAUGGAGAUGCACUGAAUAGAGCUGACAGCCAAUCAUAUUGUACCUGACAGCCAAUCAUAUUGUACCUGACAGCCAAUUUAUAUUGUACCUGACAGCCAAUCAUAUUGUACCUGACAGCCAAUCAUAUUGUACCUGACAGCCAAUCAUAUUGUACCUGACAGCCAAUUUAUAUUGUACCUGACAGCCAAUCAUAUUGUACCUGACAGCCAAUUUAUAUUGUACCUGACAGCCAAUCAUAUUGUACCUGACAGCCAAUUUAUAUUGUACCUGACAGCCAAUUUAUAUUGUACCUGACAGCCAAUCAUAUUGUACCUGACAGCCAAUCAUAUUGUACCUGACAGCCAAUCAUAUUGUACCUGACAGCCAAUCAUAUUGUACCUGACAGCCAAUCAUAUUGUACCUGACAGCCAAUCAAAUCAAAUUAUAUUAGUUACGUAGACCUUAACCAACAAUGCCGUUUUAAAAUAUAUGGAUAAGAAUAAGAGAUAAUGGUAAGUAAUUAAAGAGCUGCAGUGUAUAUGAUGUAUAUGAUACAUUUCUAUCUGACUGUUUUGUAAUGUUGAACUUUCCUGAACAUGACCCCAGACUGACCCCAGACCACAUGCUGACCCCAGACCAGCUCAACGCACUGACCCCAGACCAGCUCACUGACCCCAGACCAGCUCACUGACCCCAGACCAACUCACUGACCCCAGACCAGCUCACUGACCCCAGACCAGCUCACUGACCCCAGACCAACACACUGACCCCAGACCAAUCUCUCCAGACUUUUUAACUCUGUGUGUUACUAGUAGUAGAAUCCAUGGGUCCAGGGUGCUGUUUGGGUCAGACACCAUAGAGGAUAUAGCUGUGGUGAGGUGCACUUUUUACCAGAGUGUUGGAAAGUCAGUGUUACAAAUGCCUUAACCACUUUGAUAUUGUCUCUCUUGUCGCGUGUUAACUCUAGCUGUAUCAAGUUCGUGGAUUUACUGACGAUCAGUGCAUUUAUUUACACAGAUAAAUGUUGAAUCUGUUUCUGUCUAAAGUGUUAUUGACAUUCCAUUAAAAACGAACUCUUUAACUUG